AUGCAAGAACAUCCUCAACCAGAAAACAUUUCUACCGUCUCAGCUCCUUCAUCAUCCACAACUAGUUCAUCUUCGGAGGCUGUUUCUUCUCGGGAUAGUGCCUCUUCAUCAUCCAUUGUUGAAUCAUCAUCGAACAAUGAGGGUCAAAAACCUGUUCAUCCACAAGCUUGGCUCCAAGCCCUGUACAGUGCUGGACGAGGAGGACUUCAGCAAAAAAGUAACCGAGGAGGUUAUCAUCGCGGAGGGAAUCGUAGAGGUAGAGGCUCAAGAGGAAGGCAUCACAACAAUCGGUACGAACGAGGAGGAAAUGAUCAUGAGAAGCGGAAACGACCCAAAGAUGAUGACGAAGAUUCGCAUGAAGAGUCUGAUAAUGAAAAACCAUCAUCGGACGUAAAUGAAGAAAAUAUACCAGAAUAUGUCAAGUUUUUACAAGACUACAAGAAAAAUUACAAAAAUCCAAUUUUCUCAAUGCUUUAUAAAAAACCAAUGGAAACACCAGAAGAUAUUGAAAAAUAUAGAGAGGAACGUAGAAAAAAUUAUCCAACUCGAAACAAUGUCAUUGAAAAGGAAAAAGAACUUGCCGAGAGGAGAAAGAAGGGAGAAAUUAUUAUCGGAGCCUCAGAAAAAGUGAAAUCUCUCCUAAAAGUAAUGGGAAUUGAGAAGGAUAAAAAAGAGGAAUCUAAUCAAGAUGAUAGCAAUGCAAAGGCAGCUCAAUCAUUAAUUAGAAAUUUAUUGACUCAAGAAAUUUCACAGGAUAAGAUCAUUUUGUUACAAUGUUUUAGGCAUGUGGUUUAUGAGCGGUUUUUUUGUAGUGAGGAUGAAUUGAGCGAGGAAGUGAAAGCCAAACUUGAUAAAUUGCAAGAGCUCACAACCACCGAAAUGAAAAAGCUAGAAGAGUUUAGAAAGAAGAAGCUUGGUCUUCUCGAUGAGGAUUUAAAUACCAAUUCAAUAGCGUCCUCUGUAUCAAAUACUACUGCACCAAUUCUUGCAGAAAAAGCAACAACUCUACAAGUAGAAGAUUCAAUAUCCGAUGAAGAAUUUGGAGAGUUAAGUGACGAUGAUCUUGUCCAAAAUGAUGAAGAUAUGGAAGAUGACAUUCUUGGAAAUUGUGAUGCCCAUGAAGAGCAGAAAUUAGACACAAUUUUGAAGGAAAUUGCAGAAUAG